AUGACACCAGUUGGGGGCAAAAAGGCCAAAAAGGGCAUCCUAGAACGGUUAAACUCUGGAGAGGUCAUGAUUGGAGAUGGAGGUUUUGUCUUUGCACUGGAGAAGAGGGGCUAUGUGAAGGCAGGGCCCUGGACCCCAGAAGCUGCUGUGGAACACCCAGAAGCAGUUCGCCAGCUUCAUCGAGAAUUCCUCAGAGCUGGAUCAAAUGUCAUGCAGACCUUCACCUUCUACGCCAGUGAAGACAAGCUGGAGAACAGGGGAAACUAUGUUGCAGAGAAAAUAUCCGGGCAGAAAGUCAAUGAAGCUGCUUGUGAUAUUGCCCGGCAAGUGGCUGAUGAGGGAGACGCCUUGGUGGCAGGAGGCGUAAGCCAGACACCUUCGUACCUUAGCUGCAAGAGGGAAACUGAAGUCAAAAAAGUCUUCCAGCAACAGUUAGAGGUCUUCAUGAAGAAGAACGUGGACUUUUUGAUCGCAGAGUAUUUUGAACACGUUGAAGAGGCUGUAUGGGCAGUUGAAGCCUUGAAAGCAUCUGGGAAACCAGUGGCAGCAACCAUGUGCAUCGGCCCAGAGGGAGAUUUGCACGGCGUGGCCCCUGGCGAGUGUGCAGUGCGCCUGGUUAAAGCAGGAGCUUCCAUCGUUGGCGUGAACUGCCAUUUUGACUUCACAACUAGCUUACAAACAGUGAAGCUCAUGAAAGAAGGCUUGGAGGCCGCGGGACUGAAAGCCCACCUGAUGAGUCAGCCCUUAGCCUUCCACACUCCCGACUGCGGCAAACAGGGAUUUAUCGACCUGCCAGAAUUCCCCUUCGGACUGGAACCCAGAGUUGCAACCAGAUGGGAUAUUCAAAAAUACGCCAGAGAGGCCUACAACCUUGGGGUCAGGUACAUAGGCGGGUGCUGUGGAUUUGAGCCCUACCACAUCAGGGCCAUUGCAGAGGAGCUGGCCCCGGAAAGGGGAUUUUUGCCACCAGCUUCAGAAAAACAUGGCAGCUGGGGAAGUGGUUUGGACAUGCACACCAAACCCUGGAUUAGAGCAAGGGCCAGGAAGGAAUACUGGGAGAAUCUUCGGAUAGCCUCAGGCAGGCCGUACAACCCUUCUAUGUCAAAGCCGGAUGCCUGGGGAGUGACCAAAGGAACAGCCGAGCUUAUGCAGCAGAAAGAAGCCACUUCGGAGCAGCAGCUGAGAGAGCUCUUUGAAAAACAGAAGUUCAGAUCUGCAUAA